AUGCCCCGCCUUCGCUGUCAUCACUGUCUCAAGGCUACCUUUGAUACUGACUCCGCUCUAUCUAUACACCUCUCAAAAUGCCCCGCACGUGCCACAAGCUCACAAGAAACCCUUCAAAAACUCGGAAAGCGAGGACCACCGCCUGCUUCCUCCUCAAAGCCCCCUUUGCCCAAGAAGCCGCGACUGAUGAACCUGGCGCUAAAUAGAGCUAAAAAGCAGCCAAUGGUGUUACACAGCGCCACUGAAGAUGUUGCUAUAGAUCGAACAGAGGAAGACGAAGGCGUAGUUGGCGGUGCCGCAAGUGAUCGUGGUCAUGGUUCCAUGCCCAUGGAAGGUGGACAGAGGCUGCCCUCAUUGGAGGAUUCUCUCAGUCCUGCUCGGAUACCUCUUCUAGAGCAAGACAUUGUGCCCCUCGAACGCUCUAUGCGAGCGAGGCGCGUGCCGAAGCGCGUGCUAGACAUGAUUCCCUCCGCUGCGCCUCGUUACCUUGAAAGUCAACUCCCACGUCAGCUGCGCGAUCACCUACCUACACCAGUGCUCUCCACACAGCAAGGCCCCACGCCCCCCACGCCCUCAGCUCCCGCGAACUCUGACCCAGAAGUCGAGAUCAUUGAUUUGACGUUUACCGCCACCCGCGCGAAUAACUUUGGCCUCUAUCGCAUCUAUCGUACUGCCCCGACAUUCGAUCCCGAUGAUACUGUCGACGUCGACGCGCUCACAUCACCACUUCCGUGUUAUGCAGAAGAAGAAGAGGAGCGCUGGAAAGCGCGAGCCCGCGAAAACCUGCCCGCAAAUGAUCCAUCCAGCACGACCCAUAUUUCCAAAAGCACGAAGUUCUACGAAGACGUCACUGUCUAUCUUGGCGACCGACUUGACGACCUUGCGCUUAAGCCAUUCAUGCGCAAGCUGAAGGAGUACCUUCUCGCACGUGUACGCCAGCAUAGUGAGCCCGACCGUGCUUACAGCGCGCGCGAGCGCAACGAAAUCAUCUUCGAGAGAGGGCGUAUCUACAAGCACAAGAUUAUACGCCACAACUACACAUCAUACGAUGUUCGGCGCCGACAGGACCUACUCAACCCGCGCACUCACGCCGACUUCAUGGUGCUCUCCGACAACAACGAGGAGCAUCCCUAUUGGUACGGUCGCGUGCUCGGCAUUUUCCACGCAGAUGUCCUCGACGUCGCCGUUGCGGGCUCAUGCAGUCAGCGCAUAGAAUUCGCCUAUGUCCGGUGGUUCACUAUGGACAAGUCGUACCGUCACGGAUUUCGCGCGAAGCGCCUGCCUCGCGUUCACUUCCUUCCUGCGGAGGAUGCGGACGCUUUCGGGUUUAUCGACCCGAAGGAUAUCAUACGCGCAGUGCAUGCGAUCCCAGCGUUCGCCCAUGGCAGGACCGCCAUGCAUCUACCAGGUCAGACGAUGGCUCGUCCGCACGGGGAAAGUGAUGACUGGAAAUAUCAUUACAUCUCAAUGUUCGCAGACCGUGAUAUUCUGAUGCGCUUUCGUGGGGGCGGCGUUGGCCACAAAGCUACUCUUGAGGCUACAGCAGCUCUUGAAGCCGAGGCAGAGAAACUGGCGAAUUUUCGGCAAUCCGGGACCGACGCAAUGUCGGGAGGAGGCGAGGAUAGUGCUGAUGAAACCGCCAGCAGCGACGAAGACGGUUGCAACGAAGAAGAUAACGGUGGAUCAGAAACGGAGGAUGAUGGAUUAGAAGAUGAAGAUGAAGACGAAGACGAAGAGGAUGAGGAGGCAUGGGUGAUCGAGCAAGGGCGCGAGCCGGAGGAGGAGGAAGAUGACGACUGGGAGGAUGACGAGGAUGGCGAGGGGGACUUAUUGACUGCUGACUCGCUUGGAUACGCAGACUGGUGA